AUGGCCAUGUCAAACAGGCCUUCCCUAUCCAUCAACAAAAAUUCACAGGCGAUAGCGAAGACGAAGCCCAAGAUACGCAUAAUUCACAUAUUUGCACCGGAGGUCAUCAAGACCGAUGUUGGGAACUUCCGAGAACUUGUGCAGAGGUUAACUGGGAAGCCAUCUGCUGAAAAACACUGCGACAAUAAGAUGCCAACAAUAGCACCGAGACAUCAAGAUACAACAAGAUCGAAUGUUGGGCUCUCCUCCGACAAGCCCAAAACGAGAAGCAAGCCGGACGAUUAUCAGUCAGGGGAGAGACUGGUCAUGAAGGAACAAGAACAAGUUGGACUUUGCAGGGCUGAAACCUCCGGUGGCUACUUGGGUGGGUUUUCAGAUUUGGAAUGCCUCGUUUCAGAGUUUGCUCAGAUUCCCUUUCCUUUGGAUGAUACUCACAUUCAUGGGUAUGAACAACUUCAACUUUAA